AUGGCUGAGCAGACGGAGAAGGCAUUUUUGAAGCAGCCUAAGAUUUUCCUUAGCUCGAAGAAACCUGGGAAGGGAAAGAGGCCUGGUAAGGGAGGAAACAGGUUCUGGAAAAGCAUUGGGUUGGGAUUCAAGACACCCAGAGAGGCUAUUGAAGGAACAUACAUUGACAAGAAAUGCCCUUUCACUGGAACUGUUUCUAUCAGAGGACGUAUCUUGGCUGGUAUUUGCCACAGUGCAAAAAUGAACAGGACCAUUAUUGUUAGGAGGAACUACCUUCACUGGGUCAAAAAAUACCAGAGAUAUGAGAAGAGGCACUCGAACAUCCCAGCACAUAUCUCCCCAUGCUUCCGUGUCAAAGAGGGAGAUCAUGUUAUCAUUGGUCAAUGCAGGCCAUUAUCAAAGACAGUGAGGUUCAAUGUGUUGAAGGUCAUUCCUGCUGGAUCUUCUGGUGGUGCAAAGAAAGCUUUUACAGGCAUGAUGCUUAUUAGUUUCACGAUUGCUCUGACAAAUUUUGUGCUCUUUGGCACAUGUGUAAUGUCAUUGCAGCGGAAAAAUCACCCCAAUCCUUGA